AUGAAAGAUCCCAAAAACUUGGCUGCAACCCCGUUGCAUGGCAUAUACAUACCAACAGCACUAAUCAUUGUGGGAAUCUGCAUCUUGAACUAUGAUUAUCUUCCUCACACAAUUGCAAUCUUAGCGGUGUUUUUCACCGUUCAAUUCACCAUUGCCUGGUUCAAAAAGCCUGUCUUGAGCAGCACCGAUUUCCAAAAGUAUGAACUACUAGACAAAACAGUGAUAUCCAGAAACUCUGCAAUUUACAGGUUUAAGCUGCCAAAUGAGACCGAUACACUAGACAUCCCGGUUGGUCACCACUUGGCUUGCAGAUUUGUCAUUGACGAAAAGGAAUACGUGCGCUAUUACACACCAAUUUCAAACCAGUUUGACGAAGGGUUUUUCGACUUGCUGGUGAAAUCCUAUCCUGACGGCACAGUGUCGAGGAAAUUCGCUAGCCUGUACCCUGGCCAGCUGGUGGAAUUUAAGGGUCCUGUUGGUCGUAUGUCGUAUCAAACAAACAUGGCCAGCCAUAUCACCAUGAUUGCCGGAGGAUCCGGAAUCACUCCUAUGUUGCAAGUCAUUGGAUCUAUCAUUACCACGCCUGCAGAUGUCACUCACGUGAAGCUGAUCUAUGCCAAUGAAACAGAAAAUGACAUUUUGCUAAAAGAGGAACUUGAUGAGUUUGCAGGGAAAUACCCAAACUUUGAAGUGGUCUACCUGCUUAAUAAACCCCAGAAGCAAUGGGAGGGCUUGACAGGCUACGUUACUAAAGAACUUCUCGAAAGAGAGCUCCCUGCCCCAGAAGCAGAUAAACGCAUAUUUGUUUGUGGUCCAUUGGAAAUGAGACAAAAGAUACUUGAGUACACAGAAGAACUCGGAUGGCCAAAGGGAGCCAUCAAUUCCAAGCAAGACGAUCAGGUGUUCUGCUUUUGA